AUGGCGCGUGCGGCAGUUAUACCAGGGGUGUCGGCGUCGACGGACGUGCCUCAACAGCGAGCGACCCGCGGACGAGGAAGGACGCCUACGAGUACCACCGCGGAUGCGCAAGAUGUGAAGAAACCAGAACCUGCGAAGAGAGGACGGAAACCUGGAAAGACUGCCACAACGACAACGGCGGCGGCAGCGAAGAAUAAGAAGAUUAACAACGACAUGGAAGAUGAGGAGGACGACGAUUUGAGUUUUGAUGUUGCAUCCACAACAGUGAAGAAAGCCACCAAAGGUGUUGCUGCAUCGAAGAGUACUCGUGGCCCCAAAGCUGCCAAGUCGGUUGCCGCAGUGGAGGAUGAUGCAUCAUCCGAGGAAGAAGAUGACGACGAAGACGAACUCGCCGAUUUUGAAGUAACCAAGAAGAAAGCUGGACGACCUCCCAAAGCAAAACCUGCGCCAAAAACCACAACCAAACCGACGCGCGGUCGCCCAAGGACGGUCAAACCCACCGAACCGCAAAAGGAACAGCAAGAUGCAGGAGCAGACAAGAAGCCAAGAGGUCGACGACCUGCUGCAAAGCAAACAACCGAUACCGACAAAACAAUAUAUGUGACUACGGGCUCUACAAUUUCGAGUUUAGCAAAGGCUCGCACUUUGGGGGAUCCCGCAAAGCAGAAGAAAACGGUCACUUUCGCGGAUUUGACGGAAUCGGAAACCGAGGUAUCGGAGGUGGAAGAGAAGAAACCAGCCGCCAAAAGUACCGCGAAAAAGGCAACUGCAGGUACAAGGUCAACUGGGCUCAAGGCAAAACCUGUCCGAAAAGCUGGAACUGCGACGAGAGGUCGACCACCUAAAUCGCAGCCCGCUGCGGCGAAGCCGCUCUCUCCGAAGAAACCUACUCAAUUGGCUAAAGGUUCGUCUUCGUCCGCCAGCUCUGGAGACGAGGAUGAACUUGCAAGAGAGAAGACCGUUUAUUCGCUGGUCGUUCAAAAGUCGCCUGUUAAGACGCAGGAGCCUCAACAUACGGGCCUCAGUUCGCCGGUGAAGAGGAUCAUGUUACCCGGUCAGGCAAGCACUCCAGGCCGACCUCCAUCUCGAGGAACACUUCAACAAGACGAAAACUCAGUUCUAUCGCUACAAAACCCAUCAUCGACACUGCGAGAUUCGGUGUUUAUGGGAAGUCCCGCCCGACGCCCGCCGCCAUCAACAUCCAAGGAAACCAUUAGAGAUACACCACGACGCGGUCCUCUGUUUAUCAGUCACCCGUCCGCAUCGAAGCUAUCCAACGCCGAGCCGAACUCAUUCAUGCAGAAGCUUUCGCCGUUAAAGGCCUCGCCCAAGAAGGGAGGUAAUCUUGCGGCGUCGUUUAUGUCUGGCUCUCCAGAGAAGGGAUCGUCGUUGUCUACGCCGUUUAAUGCGAAAUUGUCGCUUCUCAAGAGUCCGGCUAAACGUAUUCAGUCGCCUUUUGUUUUUCAGAAGGUGCAUGAGUGUAAGCAAUCGCAGACAGAGCUGAGAACGGCUGAUGACGAUGUUGAUACUGAAAUGCGCGAUGACGAUGAUGAUGUGUUUGUCGAUGAUGACAAGGCCGAAGCAUCUCAUCCAAUGGCUGAUGUGCUUAGCGAGGACGAACUUUCAAUGGAUCAAAAGACAGUCGAGGGAACAAAUGAGGAUGAUGUAUUUGUGGAUCAUCCCACCGCGGAACAAGACCAAACAGUAGAUCAGCACGAAGAGACCGAUGAAGUUGACGAAGUUGAUGAUAUGGAAGAUCACGCCGAGCUCGCGCAGGAGAUUGAACUUGCUAAUGACGAUGUGCACAAAGUCAUCGAGUAUCAUUCAGAGGAACUUGCAGAUCAAGAAGAUGUGGAAAUGUCUCAGGACGAGCCUUCCGAUGUGAACGAUGAGAAUCAAGAUCCGCAAGAUGUUGAAGACCGUGAGAAGACCCCCAUCAAUGAAGUGAUUGACAAUGUCGAAAGUGAUGCGGAGAUGGAGGAAGACAUCUCAGAACAGCAUGAGGAGCACGAGCUUUGCGAGAACCAAUCCGAAGAUGUCGAGAAUCUGCAGCCUACCGCCCAUGACGUCGAGCAGGGACCAGCGACUGAGCAACAAGAGAUCAUCAACGAGCCCACAGAAUCUGAAAAGGUAGACUCUAAUGAGGUGGUUAUCUACGCCGAGCCUGAAGAUGAGCAUGAGGACACACUGCUUGAGGUCGACACGCCUCGUUCCAAUACAACCCUUCAAUCAGCACGUUCCUCCAUCGACCCACGAGACAUAGUCCGCGCUGAUGAAGUGGACGAAGCAGUACACGUAUCAACUCAAGGAACUCCACGAUUUAUUCCUCCCGCUGCUCCCUCGCCACCAGUUGCUUCUCCCAUGCGUCACUUCAGAAUGUCUUACAGAGACCAUGGUGACGACAUGUCCGAGUAUGGCUCCACUCCAGCUAGCAGACGUCAGUCCGUCUUUUCGAAUCGCAACAGCAUUCUUCCAAAUCGCGGCGACGCAGCGGACGAUACCUUUACGUUGCUGGCUGCCAAGUUGGAUUUCUGGAAGGCCAGCAGUCCUGCCAAGCAACGAAAACAAUCACCGGAGCGGAUCAUGUUCUCUCCUGUAGUUCCCAAGAAUUUGAUAGUUCCAAGACAGUCAAUGAAGGGAAACAGAUAUAGCCAAAUCCAGUCAAUGCGCCAGUCGCUCGCCGCGAGACACUCGUUGGCAAAUUCCGUCGUUAUGGAUGGCAAUGAGUCGGAUACUGUUGCUAGACAGUCGCCGGACAAGAAUGCCUCUGGCGCAGUAACGGGAGAGGAUGAGCAGGCUCAAAUGACUCAAUCUGAGACCAAUGCCAAACCGAAAGAUACACCUCAACCCCCACUGUCAAUGUCAAUCACUCCAGUCAGAGUCAACCGCGAUGCGAUCCGCACCGUUCAUACAGUCUCAAAAGUUCCUUUGAAACCGGACGGCGAUGAAUCACCUAUCAAGUACCCUCGCAAGCGGGCUAGAUCGAUGUCGAUGGAAAUCCAGCUGCCGAUAAGAGCCUCUCCCAGGCGAGUCAAAUUGGUUCCGAAGAGUCGAAAGUCAACAACACCCGACACCCCUGUUCCUACACCGACUAAGCGUAAUCCAUUAACAGAGAUCAAAGACACGCGAGGCUAUGACGUUCCUGCAACGGUUGGUCCAGUAAAGACUCCUCGCCAGGACGUAAAAAAGGCCGAUCAACAAUGCCUCCGUGGCGCAGUCGUCUUUGUCGAUGUGCACACCACCGAGGGAGAAGACGCAAGUGGCAUUUUUGUCGAGUUGCUCACACAAAUGGGCGCGAAAUGUGUCAAGUCAUGGUCAUGGAAUCCACAAUCCAGUCAAUCCCCUAGCAUGGAUGGCUCAGAGCUGGUCAUCAGCAAAGUCGGCAUUACCCAUGUCGUCUACAAGGAUGGUGGGGUCCGUACAAUGGAGAAAGUACGACAGGCCGGUGAUGUGGUGAAAUGUGUUGGUGUUGGAUGGGUUCUUGAUUGCGAACGAGCAAAUAAAUGGGUGGAUGAAGCCCAUUACUACGUUGACAGUACCAUCAUUCCCCGUGGAGGUGCCAAACGGAGAAAGAGCAUGCAGCCUCGCGCCUUGGCCAAUGUCAACGGUUCGUUGACAUCAUCUACAUCCUCAUCUUCUUCCUCGUUGUCCUCGUCUAUCGGCCAUGGCAGCAUCACUUCCAACCGUCGUUCUCGAGCUCUAACAGACUUGGAAGAUACAAUGGAAGACUUUAGACGCAUGAGUCCCAACAACAGCGUCAACGAGAACAGCACCUCAAACGCACCAAAGACACCAACCAGCGCCAAAACACCCUCCAACAACAACAAAGACGAUGACGAUGAAGACACGGAGUACAACUUCAAUUUCAACUUUGAUUUCUCUGCAAUGUCCCCCGCAACGCCCGGCUUUCUUCGGCUGACGCAACAAACCUGUCCACCCAAACAGACAAACCAGGGCUUGUUCUCAUCCAUGUUGUCUAACAACCGCGCCUCGGCUGAUGAUAGCGAUGCCUCAUCAGGCGCUAACCUACGCGCAAAACUCGAGGCGGCGCGACGGAAGAGUCUCGCAUUUAAGCCGAGAUUUGGGAGUCCGUUAACUCGCCCAUGA